AUGAACGAAGGCAUCGCUGGGCCGGCCACCAAUAACUCUAUGUUGACGCUGGAUGGUACACCAAAAAGUACAAUACCUGCUGAUGGGGAUAACGCGGAUCAACCAGGCUUCUUACCCGGAGAACAGCCUGAAGGUCCAUUGAGCAUCUGGCCUAGCGCGUUCAAGAUGGCUUCUCAAACUAUCAAGAACACCAGAAACAAUCGUCGCAAAUGGAUCUGGCUUGCCCCGUGGUCAACUUGGUCGUUCACUCUGCGGCUGAUGCUCAUACUAGGGGAGAAUUUGAAGUCUUUCGCGCCUCCUCUUCCAAAGCAAAUGCUCGAGGGUGAUAUUUACGAUCUGCCUUCGAAAUCUACAUCAACUCAGUUUCCCGACACUAGGUAUCUGCCUUCCUUAGAUCAUGCGCUUUACCUCUUUAAUACAGUCAAGUUCCAUCUUGGACAAACGUAUCGCUUUUUCGACGACGCCGAACUUGAGGCCCAGAUACGCGAGUUCUAUUCAGGCCAUGUUGCUCAAAAGGCCUCUGAAUCCAGACUCUGGUUCACCAAGUUCUUCCUGCGAAGUCUUCAAGUUAAACUCUCUCAUUUAAUGUCUAUGAUACUAAGAACCGUCUACAAACCAACGAAAACAUCCCUGGCAACUUAUGUCGAGCAGACAAAGUCAACGUUGCACACUCUGGCCCAGUACGCGCAAGAGCUGGAAAACAUCAUGAAGGUCAAAUUUCAAGCUUCUGUCGAUACGGUUCCCAGAGGCAUGCGUCACAUCACCCUGUUGUAUCAUCAGUGCGUCAUUGUUGCCACCAGACCCCUGCUCCUCUCUAUAUUGAAGGAAAGGCUGGAUAUGGUCGAUAAAGUCGCCGAUGUAGACUGGGAAAGCAUUUUGAACCAUACAGCCGGCAUCAUAUCUUCGGGGAUCAAGUCAGCCUCCAAAACGCUGCAGGUACUAUCAAGCGAGUACAGUCUUCUCGAAGUAUUUCUUCCUUAUGAUCUAGGAUUUACGUACGUCGCAGCACUACAUCUUGCCAUGGCAGGCGCAAUAUUUCCGGACGUCUCUGAAGAUCACACAAGCAACCAAGCAGCACAUGAGAUUCUAUCAGACAUGGUCACGAGAGGGAACCGCGUGGCAGGUGUGCGAAGGACUGAGCUGCUGCAUGUGGAACUGCUAUUCAGAAAGCUUGAAGAGCAACUGAAAAGCCGCGGUCAUUACAGUCUCAGGCUUCCGAGUGCUAUGGAUCUGGGCCCGAAUAACGAGGAAGCCAGGCAAAACGUGUCAAAUAUGGAAGCAGACACGAACGCCGCGGCGAUGAUCACCGGAGCAGUGGACCUUUUUCCGCUCGUGCCACCUUCAGACUCAGGGAAUGCUGAGUUUCUCGAUCUUCUCGACAGUGUUGGCAUCUCUUCGGAAGAGUUCUUUUCCAUCACACAGGGAAUGGGAGAUGUUGAGGAUAUCCCGGAAGGUGUUUUGAGGAUGUAUUGA